UGAGGGCGGAGCCACUAACGUGUUGGAGCCAGGGAGCGGAAGUGGCUCUUAGAGGCUUUAAAAAGGUGGUUUCCAGCUGUCUUGGGACCUCUCGUUUUGCCUGGAGUCGGGGUUCACUAGCCGAAUGGCUUUGGACGUGAAGUCUCGAGCAAAGCGUUAUGAAAAACUGGACUUCCUCGGGGAAGGACAGUUUGCCACGGUUUAUAAGGCCAGAGACAAGAAUACCAACCAAAUUGUCGCCAUUAAGAAAAUAAAACUUGGGCAUAGAUCUGAAGCAAAAGAUGGUAUAAAUAGAACAGCCUUAAGAGAGAUAAAAUUAUUACAGGAGCUAAGUCAUCCAAAUAUAAUUGGUCUCCUUGAUGCUUUCGGACAUAAAUCUAAUAUUAGCCUUGUCUUUGAUUUUAUGGAAACUGAUCUAGAGGUUAUAAUUAAGGAUAAUAGUCUAGUGCUGACACCAUCACAUGUCAAAGCCUACAUGUUGAUGACUCUUCAAGGGUUAGAAUAUUUACAUCAACACUGGAUCCUGCAUAGGGAUUUGAAACCAAACAACUUGUUGCUUGAUGAAAAUGGAGUUUUAAAACUGGCAGAUUUUGGCCUGGCCAAAUCAUUUGGAAGCCCCAAUAGAGCUUAUACACAUCAGGUUGUAACCAGGUGGUAUCGAGCCCCUGAGUUAUUGUUUGGAGCUAGGAUGUAUGGUGUGGGUGUGGACAUGUGGGCUGUUGGCUGUAUAUUAGCAGAGCUGCUUCUAAGGGUUCCUUUUUUGCCAGGAGAUUCGGACCUUGAUCAGUUAACAAGAAUAUUUGAAACUUUGGGCACACCAACUGAGGAACAGUGGCCUGACAUGUGUAGUCUUCCAGAUUAUGUGACAUUUAAGAGUUUUCCUGGAAUCCCAUUGCAGCACAUCUUCAUUGCAGCUGGAGACGACUUGCUAGAUCUCAUACAAGGCUUAUUCUUAUUUAAUCCGUGUACCCGAAUUACGGCCACACAGGCAUUAAAAACAAAAUAUUUUAGUAACCGGCCAGGACCAACACCUGGAUGUCAGCUGCCAAGACCAAACUGUCCAGUGGAAACCUUAAAGGAGCAGUCAAAUCCAGGUGUGGCAACCAAACGGAAAAGAAUGGAGACCUUGGAACAAGGAGGAUUGCCCAAGAAACUAAUUUUUUAGUUACGAGAACACUGGACAGUAUUUUACUACUGAAGGAAAUGGUCAAAAAGGCAAAUAAUGAAAAAUUAUUCAAUAGUAAACAUUAAGUAAGUGUUACAGAAAUGAAUUUGUAAAUAUUCCACACAUGUAAAAUAUGUAAAACUGAGUUAUUUUAUUAAAUGUUAUUUUAAAAUAAAAAAAUUAAUUGAUUUUUUUUUAAAGUGAGAUAAGUGCAAUUCUCUUGAAAUGUAGAUUUGAAAAUGGAUUAGGGAAACUUUAAUAAUAAAGUGCAAAUCAAAACUAAAGAACACUUUCCACUUAUUAGAAUGGCUACUAUCCAAAUAAAAAGCAAAGUAACAAGUGAUGGGGAAGAUGUGGAGAAAUUGGAACCCUUAUGCACUGUCGAUAGGAAUUUUAUAGUAAAACUGGUGUCACCACUAUGGGAAUUAGUGGCAGUUCUCAAGAAAUUUAAAAUUGUUUUCACUUCUGGGUAUGGUAUAUGUUUAUAAGGACAUAUCUAAGCAGGAUCUUGAAGGGAUCUUUGCAAACACAUGUUUAUUCACUUAACACUACUGAACUGUGCUUAAAAUGGUUAGAUUGGGGCUGGCC